UAGCUCUUUCAACUCACCCCACCAUCCAUAGAGACCACACUUAUAGACGAGAUUAUGGCACCUUCUUCUGGACGACGAGUGCCGAGCGCUGCAGAGGUCGAGGAGCGCAAUACCGUCGGUAUCAAUAAAGAAACCGUAACGAACACCGUCUCAGACGACUAUCCUGAAAACUAUGCAAACGAAGAACAUGCCUGGGACAAGGAGGAAUUCCGCCGCAAGUUCAGGAUACAGUUUCAUCAAAAUGACCAAUUCGAAUCCCAAUUCUCCCUCAUUGGCGUCGAUGCCUCCAUCGCCAAUGCUUUUCGCAGGAUAAUGAUCGCCGAGAUCCCCACACUCGCCAUCGAGACAGUUUUCGUUAAUAACAACACAUCGGUGAUCCAAGACGAGGUCCUCGCGCACCGGCUUGGCCUUAUUCCCUUCACAGGUGGCAAGAAAGGUCUGCGCGAGUUCAUGGGGUUCUGGCGCAAGCCUGGUCCCGAAGAGGACGCAUAUGCGACGACCUACGAUACAAACACGGUUAGUUUAAAGCUCGCCGCAAAAUGUACACGCAAAAAGGAUGUGCCAAAGGACGCCAGAGACCCUCUAGUGCUUUACGAUAAUGCGCACAUCUACGCGCGGGACAUAGUCUUCGAGCCCCUUGGCGGCCAAGCCAAGUGGUUUUCGGGCGAAGACACCAUCCGCCCAGUCAAUCCCGAUAUUCUAAUCGCGAAGAUGCGUCCCGGGCAGGAGAUCGAUAUCGAGAUGCACAUGCAUAAAGGCUUUGGCUGGGAUCACGCCAAAUACUCGCCCGUCGCCACCGCAAGCUACAGGUUAAUGCCAAAGAUCACAAUCCUGCGGCCAAUCCUGGGCGCCGAGGCCGAGAAAUUUGCUGGUUGUUUCAUACCCGGCGUUAUCAGUCUCGAGAAAGUGACUAAACAAGAAGCGAAGCAACAAGGAAGUGGAUACGAAGGUCACGAAGGCGAACUGAAGGCCGUCGUUAAAGACCCCAUGCGGGAUACUGUCAGCCGCGAAGCGCUGCGACAUCCGGAAUUCGAAGGCAAAGUUACGCUAGGCCGCAGAAAAGAUCAUUUUAUCUUCUCCGUCGAAAGCGCGGGGCAGUGGGAUAGCGACGAGCUAUUCAUAGAAUCCGUCAAGACGCUAAAAAAGAAGUGUGGGAUCCUGAGACCGCAGGUCACGAACAUGGUUCAAACUUUUUAAAUGGCUAAGCGCUGGCGACGGACGUUUGCAUAGGUGAGAUCGAUAAUCCCUCAGGGGUAUCUGUUCUGCGCCUAUACGAUUCGCAUAUUGAUGGCAACACAUAUAGACGUCGAUG